AUGACGCUGGAGGCACAAAAAUGUGGGAUUAGUCUUGCCCUCGUUCAGGAACCAUAUGUGGGGGAUGUGGAAUCUGAUGACAAUUCCGAUCACAGGAAAAUACGAGAAAGGGCAGGAAGUAUAAUAGAACCUAUGAAGGAUGAAAUAAAGGACCCUCCCUUUACGAGAGAGGAACUAAAAUAUGUGAUCUCAACGUUUAACCCUAAAAAAGUACCAGGAAGUGAUGGUUUCACGGCCGACAUUUGCGCGGAGGCCAUAAAUGCUGACGCAACUAUUUUACUACUAUCGCCAGCAAAACAAACAAGGAGGCUUGCCUCUAUGGUACGUAGAGCUAAUACCAAGACUUCCAAGGGAAUGGCCUCCUCAAAACGGCCAGAGCGGGACCCUACGCCUGAGCAAGCCCCGCCUCUCAGGCUGAGGAUCCCUGCCCCUUCGGAGGAGGACACAGACCGAGACGGAGGCACGUGCACCUCAUCACCUGUUAGCGUUGGCUUUGAGAGCGCAGCUGAAUCUCCAGUGGCUCAGGCGAUAGGCGACUCCACAGAAGGGAUCCCUAGUUCCGCAGAGUUCAGGAGUGCGGAAAGCUCUCCACAAACUGAGGGCAGUAGGGCGCGCAGAGGUAGUGAAGGUGACAUUAUUCACACCACCUCUACUCCAAUUCCGAUAAUAGAACCUGGGACGUCACCGGCCAAGCCACGGUCGGAGUCUUCCUUGCUGCGUAUCAGAGCGCAGCUGAGAGCAGCGGCUGCAGCCGAGAUAGAAUGCAGUGUCCGGCAAGCCGAGGAGCCGGCAGAUGAGGCAAGGGAUGACUCCUUCAUGUCGGAUCUGUCAGCCGUCGGUGGAGGGGCGCUGCAUGACAUGCCUCGCCUUGCUAAUACUCUCCUUCAGAAAACAAAAACCAGGCUGGAGGAGAGUAGAAACUUGCAUAGAGACAUCAGGGAGGAUGUCAUUAGCGGCUUGCACGGCCUCCAAGAAAUGAUCUUGCGCUUGGCAGACUCUCGUAACCGACAUAUUGCUGAAAAGGAAAAACAGCGGGCCGGAUACGAGCGACGGCUAGCGCAAAUGGAGGCCAAGCACGGUGCCUCACUCCUGGAAGUAGACAAAAGACAUCUGGAGCUGAUGGCUGAGGCUAAGCUCAAAAUAGAGCACACGUUUAAAGAAGUUGAGGCAGUCAGACACUUGGUUUAUGAGUUACAGGACCAGGUAAAGAAAUAUAGUGUGGGAACCGACCCAACGGCGCCAUGCCCCGUCCUGGAGAUGCGCAGGGUCCAAGAGGACAUAGCAGCACUAAGAUUGGACGUGGGAACGCUCACUAUGACCCUUGAGGAGAAUAAGGUGCAAGAACCAAGGGUCACUGAGCAACCGCAAGGAGCACCGUGGGCCCAGAAAACAUUUGCAACAAUAUUGAAAACACCUAAGCCGUCGACGCAGCCAGGGCCGAAUUUCCCUCUGCUGGUGGAGUCCGCCGACCCCCGGGAUACCAGUGACGACGUAGUUAAAGCAAUUAAAUCAAGCGUAGACGUCAUUGGACUAGGGGUUGGGGUCAGCUCCAUCAGGAGACGGAAAAACCAAAAAGUGGUCCUGACCUGCGACUCAGCUGAAGGCAGGUCUAAGCUGCAAACAGCGCUGAAAGACGCCUCUCAAAAGUUAACUGUGGCGCAAAUUACAACCAAACGCCCGCUCCUAAGGCUUCCAGGGGUCAUUAACGACACUUCGGAUGCACAGGUGGUGGAAGCGAUCAUGAGGCAAAAUACAGGGACUCUGGGGGAAGCAGUGUUGCUGAAUGAAAAUAUCAAAGUAGUGAGGAGAACUAAAGGGAGAACCAAAGACAUUAGUAAUGUCAUAAUCGAGGUCUCCCCUGGUCUCUAUAAAACUCUCCUGGACAUGAGAUUGAGAAUUGGCUAUCAGGUGAUUGUAGCACAAGACCAAUCACCGAUAGUCCAGUGCUACAAGUGCAUGGGCUUUGGGCACUUCUCGAAGGAGUGCCGGGGUGAGGAGUCGUGCGGACAUUGCGCGGGAAGUCACGACACGCGGCACUGUCCGAGAAGGGCGGAAACCCCUAUUUGCAUAAACUGCUCAAACAAAGGGGAAAAGCCAGAGACCUGCACCCACGGAGCUUAUAGUCAAAGCUGCCCGGAAUGGCAGAAAUGGGACCGAAUAGCUAGAAGUUCGGUCUCAUAUUGCUGA